UCUCAUCUCCCUUGGAAGGUUUUAGGUCUUCUGCUGGCUCGCCGUCCAAUCCCAGAUUCAGUCAUGUCAACCACAGACAAUAUCUGGGAUUAUGAUUAUUAUGGAAAUAUGACAGAAGCUGUUGCAGCUCCGUGCUUACAGGAAGACAUCUAUGGUUUUGCAGAGAAGUUCUCCCCUGUGGUAUACAGCCUGGUGUUUGUCUUGGCAGUUGUUGGCAACGUGCUGGUGCUGUGUGUGAUCAGACGCUACAGAAUCUCUCAGAGUGGUGGAGCUUGUGCCUUUUCCUUAACAGACACCUUCCUCCUUCACCUGGCCAUUUCAGACCUUCUUCUGGCCUUCACUCUGCCCCUGUUUGCAGUGCAAUGGGCUCACCACUGGAUGUUCGGCUUGGCUGUUUGCAAGAUCUCAGGUGCUCUCUUCUCCUUAAACCGGUACAGUGGCAUCCUCUUCCUGGCCUGCAUCAGCUUUGACAGAUACCUGGCAAUCGUUCAUGCCAUCAGCUCAAGUUGGAAACGAAGCACAUGCCAUGCUCAGUUUGCAUGUGCCAUUAUCUGGGCAGUCUGUCUGGGCUUGAGUGGAAUUGACAUUUACUUUAAACAAGUGGUAAUGAUAGACCUUGUCGGUCAGCAGAGGGGGCCCGUGUGCCAGGUGUGGUUCACUGAAAACACUUUACAGUGGCAGGUGGGGCUGGAAUUUGUCAGUGUAGUUCUGGGCUUUGGGGUUCCCCUCCUAGUUAUGCUCUACUGCUACAUCCGGAUCUUCAGGUCUCUGUGCAAUGCCUCUCGCCGCCAAAAGCGCAAGUCUCUCCGCCUCAUCAUCUCCUUAGUGUCUGUAUUUGUAAUCUGUUGGGCUCCAUACACCUGCUUCCAGCUGGCAGAUAGUCUGCUAAGGCUGGGUGUGUUAAGUGCAUCCUGUGAGCUUGGCUAUGUGCUUGACGUUGGAACUCUGAUCACUGAAAGUCUGGGACUGUCACACUGUGCCCUCAAUCCUCUGCUGUACGGCUUUGUAGGAGUGAAAUUUAGGCGGGAGCUAGUCAGAAUGUGUAAGGGGCUACUGGGACAGAGGAGCUGGCUGGCAAUGGAAGGGUGGCGAGAGCGAAGGCUUAGAAAAGCCACGGGAUCAUUCAGUUCUGCAGAGAGUGAAAACACCUCGUAUUCUGUCAUGGUGUGAUUUUAGUCAGAGAUACAUAAAGAGAAAGGAAGAUGAAAAUAUAUUUUUGUGGUUUUGGGUGUGAAGCUUGUAUUGUAAAGUGUGGUGAAAACUGAAAUAAAAUGUUCUCAAAAAUAUUUGCUACAUGUUAUUGGUGCUUUUUUGGAAGUUUGCAGUUUGUAUUGUUUUGAUUUCUUUGGUGUGUGACACGAGCAAUGGAGUAAAACCGAUUGCAAAAUGCUGAUGGUGUCACAAAAUAUUUCUUGCUAACUUACUGUGAAAUUUUUUGAUUUCUACAUACUCCUAAAAAGCUUGAUCAGCAGUAUUGGGUAACGUUUGCAUAAGUACUCAGAGUCAGAUCUCAUGUAUUUAUUCCCAGUAGAUUGUAAAUUUUUAAAAGAUUUUAAAUCUGUAUAUGUUAUAAUUUAUGUCGUAGCAUGUAUAAAUCAAUCAUCCUAUUUGUGUGCUUCAAAAUGUUUAGUGCUGCAAAAGAUGAAAUGGCUAUGGCUCUUCUUAAAUUUUCUAUGUAUCAUUGAAACGCAACCUUUAUUU